AUGAUGCGUGUCAGUAGCUGGAAGCUAUGUGCUCUGAGCGCGCCUCUCGCUUGCGUUGCGAAAUCGCUCGGCCGCGCCACCACGGCACCCGAAGACUGGCGAAGGGAGACCGUUCAGGGGACGGUAGGUGUGGGGCGGCAUUUUAUAUACGCGGGGCCCACGUCCACGGUGGCACUGUCAAACGGGAGCGCUUUGGGGGCACACGGCCGACAUCGCCCCGGCCGCGUGGGCCUCGCCGGAACAACGCCGGGAAAUAAUCGCGCGGUGGAUAAUGAGCGAGUAGGUGGGGCCGGAAGGCGUCUUCACGCCCCCCUAGCUUUUUUCCCCGUCGGCUGGGCGGCGCGGCGCACGCCUUGCGUCCCACGCGGCUCGGCGGCCAAACGCGCCGCGUGUGCUUCCACGCCGUACGCCCGAUUGACGCGGCCCGAAAGCGCG